AUGUCGCAAAGCCAUGCACUCUCCGACGACCAGGUGUCGAGCGAGCUCCGCAAGAUGACUGCGUUCAUCCGGCAGGAGGCUCUCGAGAAAGCCCGCGAAAUUCAACUCAAGGCCGACGAGGAGUUCGCCAUCGAGAAGUCGAAGCUCGUCCGCCAGGAGACCGCCGCGAUCGACACCCUGUAUGAGAAGAAGUUCAAACAGGCCUCCAUGUCCCAGCAGAUUACCCGCUCCACUCUUGCGAACCGCACCCGUCUCCGUGUCCUAUCCUCCCGCCAGGAGCUUCUCGACGAUCUGUUCCAGGAAGCUCGUGGCCAGAUCUCGACCAUCGCCGCUAAGGAUGCCAAAAAGUAUCAGUCUGUGCUGAAGGCACUGAUUCUGGAGGGACUGUAUGCGCUGAACGAGGGGGAGGUUGAGAUCCGCGCGCGGAAGAAGGACAAGAAUGCUGUCCAGAAGGCAAUUGGGGAGGCGGAGAAAGAGUUCAAGAGUGCUGUUGGGCGGGAUGUUAAAGUGACCUUGGAUGAGGAGGAGACGUUGCCGGAUGACAACGCUGGUGGUGUGUCCAUUAUUGGCGGACAAGGUAAGAUCGAGAUCAACAACACCUUCGAGGAACGACUGCGGCUGCUUGAAAUCGACGCACUUCCUGCUGUCAGAAAGACGCUGUUUGGCAAGAAUGUGAACCGGAGGUUCUACGACUAG